AUCACUCUCUAGCUGCCGCCAUCCCCACAAGGCUCAUUAUAUUUAUGACUUCUGCUCGUCACUUUCACAUUUCAGAUCAGAUCCUCCUUCCCCUGCACUCAGAUCCAAUCACCCACAAAUCCCACAUGAUAAUUCACCAGAAAAAUGACAAAUUCUUCUCCAGGCUUAUAUCCAAGGAAGAAAGAUCCUCUUCUUCUUCAUCCCUCAGAUUCUUCUACUACGGAGAUUCCUCCAAAGGCUCUGUUCCAUUCCGCUGGGAAUCUCAGCCGGGCACCCCCAAACACGCCCUCUCCUCCGCCUCUCUGCCCCCGCUCACUCCGCCGCCGUCCUACCAAUCCUCCGCCGGACGAAAUUUAAAAUCCGCCGGCGGCGGCCGGAGCUCUUCCCGGUCCAACAACUUAUCGUUCCCAUUUUCCUUCCCAAGUUUUUCUUCCAAGAAAACCAACAAUACCAUCGCCCCUUCUCUGUCUUCUUCUUCGUGCUCGUCGUCGUUCUCGCUGCCGCCGUCAACCCCCCGGGAGGAUCUCGCCGGCCGAGACGAUGAUGCGAGGGCGUCGUGCUUUGGCGGCCGCCGUGGUGCGGCGGACGGCGGGAAGAUUUCCAAGAAUCGGCGCGGCAGGUUAUGGCUUUGCUUGAAAAAUGUAAUGAUUUAAUAAUAAAUGAAUAAAUAAAUGCUUUCUUUGAUUAUUUCCUCUUUUUUUUUCCAUUUUGAAUAACAUAUGAUAAUGAAGUUGUAUCUUAGCUUGUAUAUCCUCAAUUUAGCUACUUCAGUGUAACAAAAGUGUACGGCUGAAAACAGCUCAUGAGACUGUGCUGGAUCUGAAAAGCACAUGUUGUGUACAAAUUCUGUUAUUCCGUACAUAAUUGUUUCUAUUUUUUUUUUAUGUUAAUCCCUUGGAAACUCAAGUUCCAGCAAUGUAACAAUUGUGUGUAACUAUUAAAAAUCAAUCAAUUAAGUUUUAAUUUUGAUACAAUAAACCAUCA